CCUGACAAAUUAAUUUUUGGGUUAGGGUUUUAGGGUAUAUUCGUUUUUGCCCCAUUGGAUAUCUCUCAGCCCUGCUACGUUAUCUCUCCCAGAAAAUGGCGGUUUUCUCUCUCUGUUAUCCUUUUAACCCACCGAUUCUCUGUUCUCUUUCCUCUGACAUUCCUCCCUUGGCUUUGAAUCUUGCCGGAAGUUUACCGGCGACGAGGAGGCGGCAUAAAACGACGGGUGGGUUCGUCGUAUCGUCGGCGCACUCGAAUCCGAGGAUACUCAAGCCGAACAAGAAGUCGCGGUAUGGCCAAAUGCUAUCACCAUACGACAGUGAUGAAGACGAAGAAGAGGAAGAUAGCGAAGACGACGACGAAGAUGACGUGGCGGGAGAUGAUUGGUUGCUCGACGAUGACUUUGCUGAGAUCUCAGAUUACAGUGGGAAGGGGAAGAAAGCUAAGUUGCAGAGACGAACCAAUGCAAAGAGAGGCGGUAAGAAAGGAAUCAACAGGAGUUGGGAUUUAAGAUCAGCAAAAUCUGAAGAAAGCGAGAGUGAUGAAGAGGACAUGGAUAUUGACAUUGGUGGAAGUUCUUUGGCGAAGAAGAGGAAGAAGGAAACAGGUUCUUGGGGCAUAGAAGAUCGGGGGAAGGUGAAGUCAAGGAAUCAGUACCCUCGACUCUCAGAAGAGAUCGAUAUGGACGAGAAAUGGAUACCGCUUCUUGAUUACCUGAGCACGUAUGGUCUGAAAGAUUCACAUUUCCUCCAAAUGUAUGAGAGGCACAUGCCAGCCCUUCAGAUUAAUGUGCUAUCAGCUGAAGAGAGACUAGAAUACUUGUUGAGUGUCGGUGUUAAACAGAGAGAUAUCAAAAGAAUGCUCUUGAGACAACCUCAAAUCCUGCAAUACACAGUGGAGAACAAUCUGAAGGCUCACAUCUCCUUUCUGAAGAGUCUUGGAAUCCCCAGUUCGAAAAUAGGACAGAUUGUUGCUGCAAGUCCGUCCCUUUUUUCUUACAGCGUCGAGAAUUCCCUGAAACCCACGAUCAGGUAUUUGAUCGAGGAGGUAGGGAUUAAUGAAAACGAUAUAGGAAAAGUUGUGCAACUUAGCCCACAAAUCUUGGUUCAGCGGAUUGACAUAUCGUGGAAUACUCGCUACAUGUUCCUGUCCAAAGAGCUGGGAGCACCUAGAGAUAGUGUAGUGAAGAUGGUGAAGAAACAUCCACAGCUUCUUCAUUACAGUAUCGAUGACGGGUUGUUGCCCAGAAUCAAUUUCCUACGGAGCAUUGGUAUGCACAAUUCAGAUAUCUUGAAAGUCUUGACUAGCCUCACACAGGUGUUGUCUCUGUCACUGGAGGACAACCUAAAGCCAAAGUAUAUGUACUUGGUCAAUGAGCUCAAUAACGAGGUGCACAUCUUGACAAAAUAUCCGAUGUAUCUGAGCUUGUCUUUGGAUCAGAGAAUACGUCCCCGUCACCGCUUCUUGGUUGCCCUAAAGAAAGCUCCAAAAGGGCCAUUUCCUCUGAGCUCGCUAGUUCCAAACGACGAGAGCUUCUGUCAGCAGUGGGCUGGAACCAGCUUGGAAAAGUAUCUAGACUUUCGUCAGAGACUAUUACUCAAGGAUUUUGCAAGGAAGUAUGAGAAGAAGAGAUGAAAACUGUGUCUUUGUUUCUGAUACUUGUCCCCUGUUUUCAUUGACAUCAAAGCUGACUGUUCUCUGGAUGGCAAGAAGCAAAGUUUCUUGUUUGUCCUACAACCUGUAAAGAAGGGUCAUGGGACAAAACUGAAUAUGUAUUGCAGAUGUGAUCACUUUAGUGAGUGAGACCCUGAAAGUGAGCAUUUGCCAUAGGGGAGGAGAAGGAAAGGGAAGUCUUCCAUUGGACAAAGAGCAGCUCUUCUUCUUUGUGCAAUUCAUCCAUGAAAUCCCUUUCCAGAUCCCCACUUUCGAAUUCCUGGCAAGGGUUUUUCUGCAAUUACUUCAGGUUUGUACGCUGCAAGUUCUCCCAUACUGUAAUGCUUUUGUGGUAAAAAGAAAGUCUUUCUGUUCUUAAAAAUGGAUUCUUGAUCCCCCGGAAGAGAUAAACAUCACAUCAUUUUGAUGAACCUUUUUUUCUUUCUUUCUUUUUUCCUAUAUGUUGUUUUCAUCAUUUAGAUGAAUCUCUGUAAAACGUUUCUGAAUGUUGUUUUUUUUGGGGUAACUGAGUGUAAUACCAAAGUACAAAAUAAUUUUGGAGUUGGGGGCCAAACAUACGAUUUGGAAUA